AUGACAAUAGAUUAUCUAUCACAAGAUCUGUGCUGGCUUCUUGAUGAAUCAAAUGAUCAUAAUAUAUUAAUUUAUGCCGGAGAAGUCCCAAAUACCAAAACUUUUAAAGCUCACAUUAAUAUUCUUAGGGCAAGAUCUUUGUAUUUUCGUGCUGUCUUAUCUAGUAAACUUUUAUCAAGUAAUUUCAAAAAAGAUCCAAAUAAUUCGUUUAUAACAGAAUGGUAUCAACCAAAUAUUUCUCCAGAAACAUUUGAAGUUUUACUUAGAUAUAUUUAUAGUGGAAGCCUUAAUAUAGAUGAAAGUAACAUAGAGAAAACUCUCGAUUAUCUCAUAGCAGCGGAUAUAUUAUGGCUUCAUCAACUUUUAGAAUUCCUUCAAACAUAUUUAAUUAAAAAUCAUUCUGCUUGGAUAAAAGCAAAUUUCGUUAAAGUAUAUCAUCUUAUGCAUCUUCAUCCGACCACGUUCAAAAAACUACAACAAUUUUGUAAAGUGAUUCUAUCAACGGAUUCUAAAAUUCUUUUCGAUUCUCCACAUUUUACGUCAUUCACUGAAGAAGCGUUUAUUUCUUUGCUUAAAAAAGAUUAUUUAAAAGUUGAUGAAUCAUUUCUUUGGAGUAAAAUCAUUGAAUGGGGAAUAGCACAAAAUCAACAACUCCUUAAUCCUGAUGUGUCAAGUUGGAGUGUGAAUGAUUUCUCUUAUUUACGAAUAACCUUAUCAAAAUUUCUUCCUCUUGUAAAAUUUGAAGAUAUGUAUUUUGAAGACUUUAUCGAAAAAGUACGACCAUACAAAGUCUUAUUUCCGUAA